CUUCUUCUGCACUGGUAAUUGGAGAGUAAAAUUGGAUAUCUUGUUAUUGAGAGAGUAUCUUCACCAUUUCAUUGUGAUUUACCAUUGCCUUUUCCCAUGCGGUAUGGAAUUCCACUUUUACUGUUGUCACUAAAGUGGUAAUUCACCUCCAGCAUAUUCUUAAAUAGUUGCUGCCCAAUAUAUUACCUGCUUGCCUUAGCUGAGCAGCUGGGAUGAUCUUCAUACCUCUGUGGCAUUGCUGAGUGUAUAUUUUAGUGUAUAAUCCCAGAAUACCAGUCUCGGCGUGAAAUCCGAAGGGACGCGUUUUGCAGCGACAGCCUCCGUCCGCACCGUAAACAGCUGGUUUCUGGUGUUUUCUGGGAAUUGCAAUCGAGGUGAAGGCGCUCCUUUCGCCUGGCAAAAUGCCGGCGGUUCCGGGAUUAGUCGGUCACGUGUCGCCUGCUCGGCUCUAUAGCGGCGGCGGCGGCGGCCCUCGGGUGUAGGCCUAUGGCAGGGGCUGCGAAGAAGCAGGUCCGCUUUGCCCGGCUGGAAGAAGAGGGAGCGCGGGAAGAAGCGGGAGCCUUCGGGGACGCCGCUGGAGAGGAUGCGGCCGCCGGAGAGUCGCCGCCUGGAUGCUCGGCGCCCCUUGCCCUUCAGCCGGUCGUGAAGGUGGCAGGUGGCAACGGCCGAAGAAGCCGGGCAGGUGGCGGUGGCCUUGGCGGGGGAAAGCAGGCGGCGGCGGCGGCGGCAUCCCGGCGGGCACUGAAGUGGUGCAUUUCGGCUGCUCUUUGCGCCGCUUUCCUGGGCCUGGGGAUGGCUAUUGCUAUUCUAGGACCAACCUUUCAAGACUUGGCUGCAAAUGUGAACAAAAAUGUUAGUCAAAUUUCAUAUAUCUUCGUGGGCCGUUCAGUGGGAUACUUUGGUGGUUCUCUAAUUGGUGGAAUACUUUUUGACUGCAUGAACUCCAAGUUACUUUUGGGUUUAUCUAUGCUGGGUACAACAGUAGGACUAUAUGCUAUUCCAUGGUGUAAGAAAGCCAUCUUGUUAACAACCAUGAUGUCGGUCAUUGGUUUUGCAAUGGGAAUUCUGGAUACAGGUGGGAAUGUUCUGGCUUUGGACACAUGGCAAGCAGAAGCUGGUCCACACAUGCAGGCCUUGCAUUUCAGCUUUGCCCUUGGAGCUUUUGUGGCUCCCAUCCUGGCGAAGAUGGCACUGGGUGGUUCUGCCCUUGAAUUGCAGAUACAUCUGGGCGGCAGUAUUGAAAACCAGUCAACUAUGAAUCCUCCUGGUGCUACGUUGUUCCCGAAGCUUCAUUUAAAUGGGAAUUUUGUGUGGUCUUAUGCUGUGAUUGGCACUUACCUCUUACUUGUCGCGUUGUUUUUCUUUACUUUAUAUUGGAGGAGCAUUCCUGUUCAAGGUAGAACAAAACUUGCCAUGCAGAAAUACCAAAUCGCAAAAUAUCACCAUGCUCUCAUAAUACUUCUUUCUGUGUUUUUCUUUUGGUAUGUUGGAGCAGAGGUGACCUACGGCUCCUACAUUUUUACUUAUGCAAAAACUUAUGCUUUUAUGAAAGAAAUGGAAGCAGCAGGGUUGAAUUCUCUCUUUUGGGGAACCUUUGCAGCUUGCAGAGGGCUGGCAAUCUGCUUUGCGACCUGCUCCUAUCCUGGAUCUAUGAUCCUGAUAAGUAUCGUAGGCUCUACUGUGUCGUCACUCUUCCUGGUCCUCUUCAAUGUGCACACAGUUGCUCUGUGGGUUGGUUCUGCAGUGUAUGGUGCUUCAAUGGCUACUAUCUUUCCCAGUGGCAUAUCUUGGAUAGAGCAGUAUACCACUGUUCAAGGGAAGUCUGCAGCAAUGUUUGUCAUGGGUGCAGCUCUAGGAGAAAUGUGUAUUCCUGCGGCAGUUGGCUUCCUUCAAGGAUAUUUUCCCACUCUCCCAGUGCUCAUGUACACUGCAUUGGGAGCAGCUGUCAUGACAGCAGUACUGUUCCCUGUGAUGUGUAAAUUAGCGGCAUCAACUGAUGAUGCUAAAUUGAAGGGUGCUGGAGACAGGGAAGUUCAAGAAGCAUUGUUGUCCAACACUUACCUUGAAGACGAUGAGGAGGAUAAUGAAAUCAGAGAAUGGAAUGCAGUAGACUUUGAAAUAAUUGAGAUGAAUGACACACUCCAGAACUCUGUCAUAGAGACUUCUAAGAAGAUCCAAGGAGAAUUUACUACCACCAUCUCUAGCCAGACUCCUUCAGAGAAUUUGUCAUUUAAUUCUUCUCCUGUACUUGCUGUCAAAUCUCCCAAACAGAAGAGUUCAAAUAAGAAUGAUUGAGUUGUCUUAUUGUAGCGCAAAAGAAUUUCAGAUCAGAAUUUCAACUUUAAGAUCAUAUAUUAUUUCAAUAUUGGGGGAAAGUUUGCUGAAUUCUAACCAAGGCAGCCUUAUUUUAAAGUCUGAGGGAAGUGGUAACUUCUGAAGAGGAGUGGAAUCCCUUUGUUUAACCAUGAGAAUGACUCAAAGUAGAAGGUUUCCUAAAUGUCUUCUUUUAAUAUUUUUUCAGGAAAGUGAAAACUAUAAUUAGAAUGAAUAAACAGAACUUGUUUUCUACUCCAGAGGUCCCCAACCUUUCCAGAUUGGCAGAUUGGAGGGGAGAGCAGGUAGAGAGGGGGAUGGUUUCAUGUGUGUGCCACUUCCACCAAUGCAGCUUUGUGCAUGCGCACGCUCGCCCACUGUUUGGGCAGCCCGGUUACCAAUGGGCCACAGUCUGGCUCUGGGUUGUGGACCAGGGGUUGUGAACUCAUUGUUGGCUUAUAAAAUGAUGUUUAUAAUCUGUGUACUGUACUAGAAGAGGCUGAAGAAUUCAUUGAAAGUCAUCUCUGGAAACAAGAUAAAUCUAGAAAAUCAAUCCGUGCAUUUCUAACUCAACAGUUCCAUGUGUUUAGAUUGAAUCCUAAAUAUAUUCUAUCCUAUUUAACAAAAAGAAUUAUUUUUUAAAAAAUAAGUACAUGACCACAGUUAUGGUUAAAUUAGCCAAUACGUAUUUUAAAAUUUUGCGCAGAAGCACUUUGUAUAAUGGAAAUAAUUGCUGAAAAGGAUUUGAGUUUAUACUGCUAUAAUACAGUAACUCUGACUUGAAUAAACUGGAGUGAAGAUUGUUCAUCGAGUUUAGCAAUGAUGAAGUAUAAUCUCAGGUCAUGCUUGCAAAGCAGAGGGAAGAUCACCUGCAAUACCAAGAGGAAUCCCACGGCUGCUUUGGGAUUUAUGAGAUAAAUGUUGUAGUUCAUUGCAGACUUCAAGGGGUAAGGAAGGUGAAUUUGUGUCUCAGAAAUGUGAUCAUUUCAAAAUGUAAACUGGGUUGUUUUUCCUCUACCUGCAUUUUCAAGUAUGGAAUUAUAAUUUAAAAUAAAAUGGUGUGUUUUUGGUGUCAUCCCAGCCACACUAUUAAGUGACCUUAUAUUUAAAUAGCAUGAUACUAUGGUACUUGAUACGUUCAUGUAAUUUCUUGGAUAAUUCAGUUUUAAAAUUAAAAACUAAGAAACUGCCCCUCAGAGAUGUUCUAUUAUAAAGUAUAAAUCAGUAAAAAUCUGGUGAUAUCUUUCAAAAAUUAACUUUCAGCAAAUUGUUAAGAUAUAGUCGAUGUAACUAUGAUUAAAAAUUCUAAAUCUAUCAAGAGUUGGUGAUACGCUCUGAAGCUGCCUUUCCCAAUUUGCGCCUUCUAGAUGUGCUUGACUGCAGCAUUCAUAAUUCCUAACCAGCAGGACUUUUGUGUUGGGUAAAGAUUAUAGGAAUUUAGAACCAUAAUAUUUAGAUAUAGUCAGGCUGGGAAGGCUAAUUGAAAAAGUGACUUUCUUAAAAAUUAAAUAUUGUCAUUGUGAAAAGAAAAAUCAGUGCUAAUUAUCUCUACAGUACCAAUGUUUUCUAUUCAGAAAGCCUUAUUGUGGCUAGUAUUGGAGAAAUAAUGUUGAAUUUUUGAUCAUUUUUAAAAAAAUUCUUGAUCAAAAUAUAUUCACUGAUAAUAUAAUAACUUGAUGCUUAUAAAAUGAACAUCAGAUAUGCUUAAAAUACAAUAAUGUUAGCAUUUCUAUACUACUGUAAGUGAUGAUUGAGUUGUGAUGAUGAGGAUCAUUUUAAUGAUUCUUAUUCUUACUAGAUAAUUAACUGCUGCUGCAGCUUUUGUAGUAGGCUGUGACUGAAGUUACUGAACAUUAAUUUACAUGUAGAAUAGACACUUGGAAAGUUUGGAAUCUGCCUUCUCUCUACAUACUAAUAAACACGACCGAAGUUAUUCUGAGGGCGCUUUGGGUGCAGAUCAAAUUGUGGGGAAAGUAGACCACCAAGGGAAACUGAUGGCUAUGAGUGGCCAUUGCCUUACCUAUUGUUGAAUGUAACCCUUAAUAUCACUGGGAGAGAUCAUGUCUCCCAACAGUGUAUGUAUCUUUUUGGAUGUGUGCACGUUUGAAGUUAAUAGUACUAUGAAUCUCUUUGACUUAUACCUUUUGAUACUUUUUUCUGUUCCACAGUAUGUUAUUUGCCCUAAGUAUUGCACUUAUUGCUUGGAUAUGGUUUUUUGUGUGUUCCCAAUGUUACAAUAAUUUUGUAAUAAAAAUGAA